AGCCUGUUGGCUCAAGGUGGUCUCGGCCGAGCGUGGGUUGGGCGGCUCCCCGGACCGGUUGGGUGUUGCCAGAACACCCCCGGGACAGGCUUGACCCUUGCGAGCGGAGCGGAGCAUGCUUCGGUGCCGGAGCCACUCCCCAAGCGCUGCGAAGAGGCGCCGGCGAGCUUGCGAGCUGGCGUCGCCGGCGCCCACGCUCCUCGGCGGAGGCAAGCGCGGCCACGGCGAUUGUUGGGACGGCUCGGAGGCCGACGUCCCACCGCCGCCCGCGCGGAGCAACGCCGACUGGUCAGGCGCGAUACGACCGCCCAGCAUCAGGGCACGGCGCCGCACAGGUGAGGUCCAGGGCCUGCCUGGGCAGGGGUUGUGAUCACGACUUCGUGGGGGAGUCGUUCGGCGCGUUCGACAUGGGCGAGGGCCUCGAGGGCCUCGGCGUGGCGGUGGCCUUGAGCAACGCGCUGAUCCUGGCCGCGCUGAUCAUGGCGGCCUCGGGCGCCGCGGGAGUGCUGCUGGGGUGCGUGUUCUCUGGCCUGUCCGCGGUGCGGGGGCUGGGCGUGGGGCUUGCCGGCGGGGCCCUCUUCCUCACGCAGAUGGCUCGCGUGUGAGGGCGCCUGCCUGUCUCCUGAACUGAGGCCAAAUCGAAUUCGCCCGCUGCUUUCCGCAUUGACGCCUCCGUGGGGGCUCAAUAGCCAACCUCCCCCGACCCUUUGUGCCCUGGGAGGGCGCGCGGCGGAGGCGAUUCUGCUGGCAGCCUGUAUGUUGUGCAGUGCUCACUGCUCGGCCGCGGGGCGCACCUCGAGGCAGGUGCAGUCCCAGAGCUCUGACGUCGCUAUGCUUCCUCCUCCUCCUCUUCCUCCUCCUCCUCUUC